UGCUAGUUAACGAAGCCAAAUUGGAAGAUAUCCCUAAGGGGGUAGCCCAAAAUAUCAUGCAAGUGUAUAGUGCAUCAGAGGCAAGCGUAAAUGCGUGUAAAUCUGAAUCACCAUUAUUUGGAAUUGUAACAAUCGAAAUUAUUUGGCAUUUCAUUCGUUGGAUUAGUUCUCCAGAAAAAUCUAAUAAACAAAAAGAUGCAUUAAAAAAUAACUCAAAACGUGUACAUAUUGACCAAAGUAGUCAAAAUAGUGAUAUUUUAGAUUAG